GCGCCGCCUCCGGGGCAGGGGCGACGAUGACGUCAGGGGCGGGCGGGGCGGCGGCUGCUGGGGGACAAAUGUCGCGGAGGGCGGUCCCGGUCGCAGUGACACGGAAGGAACCGGGUGCUGCCUGCGGUCUCUACGUAGCGAUCUGAGCCCUCCCUCGCCUAGAAGCAGCCGGGAUGGCGGGCGGGGGUGCUCCGUGAGGACGGACAGCGGAGCAGGGGCCUCUGCCUGUGUUCUAUUCUACUUUCCUAAGUGAUCUGUGACGUGUGUCUGGACCGAACAUUCAAUAAUGAGUGGUGCAGCACUUGGCCUUGAGAUUGUAUUUGUCUUUUUUCUGGCCUUAUUCCAACUUCAUCGGUAUGGGGACUUCAGGAAACAGCAUAGACUGGUGAUCAUAGCAACAUUAUUAGCUUGGUAUCUUUGCUUUCUUAUUGUAUUCAUACUGCCUCUGGAUGUCAGUACGACUAUUUAUAAUCGCUGCAAACUUGCUGUUAACUCCAGCCCUGCAGAAAGUAAUGGCUCAUAUGUUACACUUGCUCCAAGUAAGCAAAAAUGUUUCAAACCAUGGAGUUACAUUCCUAAUGGAAUUAUGCCGAUUUUCUGGCGUGUUGUAUACUGGACGUCACAGUUUUUGACAUGGAUUCUGCUUCCUUUCAUGCAGUCAUAUGCUAGAUCAGGAGGGUUCUCCAUUACUGGAAAGAUUAAAACUGCAUUGAUUGAGAAUGCAAUCUAUUAUGGCACUUACUUGUUGAUUUUUGGAGCAUUUUUAAUAUAUGUGGCUGUAAAUCCAAACUUCAAUUUACAAUGGAAUCAACUACAGACUAUUGGGAUAGCUGCUGCAAACACAUGGGGUCUCUUUCUUCUUGUGUUGCUUUUGGGUUAUGGUUUGGUGGAAAUUCCUCGAUCUCACUGGAAUGGGGCCAAGAGGGGAUAUCUACUCAUGAAGACAUAUUUCAAAGCUGCCAAACUUAUGACGGAAAAAGCAGAUGCAGAGGAGAAUUUAGAGGAUAUUAUGGAGGAGGUCCGUAAAGUAAGUGAGAGUAUCAAGUAUAACCACCCUUUGAGAAAAUGUGUUGAUACAAUACUGAAAAAGUGUCCUACUGAGUAUCAGGAGAGAAUGGGUAGGAACAUGGAUGAUUAUGAAGAUUUUGAUGAAAGACAGAAUAGUUACCCAAGUGAAAAAAGUUUGGUCAAACUUCACAAGCAGGUAAUCUAUUCAGUACAGAGACAUCGUCGCACGCAGGUUCAGUGGCAGAUUCUUCUAGAGCAAGCGUUUUACCUAGAAGAUGUGGCAAAAAAUGAAACCAGUGCAACUCGGCAAUUUGUUCAUACCUUUCAUUCUCAGGAGCCAGAGAAUAAAAUUAUUCAGUAUUUGUACACACCAACUGUUGAGUGGUACUGGGAAUGUCUUCUACGACCAUGGUUUUACAGGGUGCUUGCAGUUGUUCUGGCUACAUUCUCUGUAAUUGUUGUGUGGUCAGAGUGCACAUUUUUCAGUACAAAACCUGUUUUAUCGCUAUUUGCUGUUUUCAUACAGCUGGCAGAGAAGACAUACAAUUAUAUAUACAUAGAGAUGGCUUGCUUUCUUACCAUCUUUUUCCUAAGUAUCUGUGUUUAUUCUACUGUCUUCAGGAUCCGUGUAUUUAACUAUUACUACUUAGCUUCACAUCAUCAAACAGAUGCAUACAGCCUUCUUUUCAGUGGCAUGUUAUUUUGCCGUCUUACUCCACCAUUAUGCUUGAACUUUCUGGGCUUAACCCAUAUGGAUGCAACAAUCUCUCAUAAAAACACUCAGCCAACUGCUUAUACAUCUAUAAUGGGAUCCAUGAGAGUGCUGUCCUUCAUUGCAGAUGGAUUCUAUAUAUAUUACCCAAUGCUUGUUGUAAUUCUCUGUAUUGCCACAUACUUCAGUUUAGGAACUCGUUGUUUGAAUCUCCUAGGAUUCCAGCAGUUCAUGGGGGAUAGUGAAAUGACCUCCGAUUUGAUUGAUGAAGGAAAAGAGCUAAUUAGAAGAGAGAAAAGAAAGCGACAAAGGCAGGAAGAAGGUGAAAACAGAAGAAGGGAGUGGAAGGAGCGUUAUGGAAAUAGAGAUGAUUCCACUAGAAACAGAGUUGUCCACACAGACCAAAAAGAAUCCAGCUUCUCAGAGACCCAUGCCAGUAGGACACUAUCAAAAUAUACCCGAUCAAAUGGUAGAACUGAAAGAGACAGAAUAGAACUCCUCCAGGAUGCAGAACCUUUGGAUUUUAAUGCAGACUCCAUUAAUGAUGAUCCUCUGGAGUCAGAUUCAGGAAGGUACCAGCCUGGUGGAAGAUAUCUGUCAAUGUCUCGAAGCAAAAUAUUUGAUGAUGUCUAAACUCUUCAAAGCUGAAGGAAAUUCAGUGGAGAUGUAUUUCCUACUCACUGCUUGAAAAAUACUGUAUGUACAGUAUAUCACCAAACCAGAAAAGACAUUCGAAAAAAAAGAAAAUGAAGGAACAACUUUGGAAAUGCAUCUCUAGGAUAACUUUACUAGUUACGACAAGAAUAUGCUUCUUCUGUUGUAGAUAUUGGUGUGCAUCAGUGUGGGCUUUUGUGUCAUGACCAAAAGGAGAAACCUAUUAAUUAAGUUAGUAGAGAGUAAAUUUCAUAAAUAUACCUGGGGCUCAACUUGAACUAUAACACUGUAAGUUUUAAGAAGGGGAUAUUUUGGAAGGAAUUUUUUUGUAUUUUAACAGAUGCUGUGAGAGCAUCUUAAUGCAUCCAAAGUGCAGUUAUACCAAUUACUAUACUAAACACUUUCUAUAAGUUUUCUAUUUGUACUUUAUGCCUAGUCCAAAAUCUACUGAAUUAAAUUAAGGCUUCUUUUGGCUUCAGUAGUCUUUAAAUGAGAUCAUGUAUAAACUUAAAGUUGGAAUGGCAGACAGUUUUUCAUAAAAUCAUAAAAUAUAAGUUCCAGUAUCUAUAGGGUGGCUACAAAGAAGAUGGAGAUCUCCUUUUUACAAGGAGUUGCAUGGAAAAGAAGAGGGGUUAUGAGGUACAAGUUAUUUCUGGAGAGAUUCCACCUGAACAAAAGAGGAAUAAAUUCACAAUGAGAACAGUCAUCCAUUGGAAUAAUCUUCCCAGGCAAGUGGUAGAUUCCCCAGCGUGGGGCAUUUUUAAGAACUGGCUGGACAGGGUGCUGGGCCAUCUUGUCUUACAUGGUGAUUUUGCCAAGAAAAGUUGGACCAGGUGAUCCUUGAGGUCCUUUGCAGCCUGGUAUUCUAUGAUUCUAUGAAAUACGUUGGCAUAAAUUUGGAGCAAGUAAUAUUGGUCAAGAGAGGCUAUAUUAUUUUUUUUCCAACAUUGUGUGCAGAUAAAUGAUUUUAGCAUGUGUAAAUAGUUGAAAUUAGUAUGGACUAGAUUUUCACUGUCGUAUGUGCAAUAGCAAGAAUACAUUAUCAAAGAUUCAGUGUCUGCUUAAGAUUUUUGCAAUUGUAACUGGUGAAAAUCUUGGCACACUAAUGUUUUUGUAACUGUAAAAGAAAUAUAAUGUGAAAAUUGAGCUAAAUGCUGAAACAUUAUCAUUUUCACAAACCUCAGGCACGGCUUCAAAUUGUAGAGUAUUUCUUUAAAAGAAGGGAAAUGCAUAGCAUGACUAGGUAAUGGUAAACACUUCUAAUAUCCCAAAUGUCCUGACUGCAUUAUGUAUUGUUUUUAAGGUGCCUGUAUUUUGCAGUAAGUUGUUGCAAAACAAAUAAUGCUUAUUCAUUUGAAUGCCAUUCAGAAAUGCCAAUUAUUAACAGUGUAAAAAAGCUUCACAUUAAUUUCAUCGGUGUAGAUACAUUUUUAAACUGUAGUUAGUGGAAUGAAUCUUCAAAUGUAAUCAUAAGCUAGAGGAUGUGGUCAAACUCAUGGUGUCUUUGGAAAUUUGAUUAAUUUAAAAUGUUGCUUUAUUGCAAUUUGUCUUAAGUCUUUGCCACUUGGGAGUUUCCUUAUGUGCUUUUUGCAAAGUUAUGUUGACAAUGGAAAGAGAACGUGUUUUUAUCAUAAAUUAUUUAUCAUGCUUAAUAAACAGACAUCCCUUAAAAGCAGCUAGGAGCUAGUAAUUCUGAAAAGUAACUUUUCAUGAAUGAGAUAUUAUACUAAUUUUUUUAAAUAGUCUUUGUUUUCUGAAGUAAUUGUUAAUGGGGAUCUAACUACCUCCUGUGAUUUAGUACAUCAUGUGUUCUAACAGUAGUGGUAUUUGUAAAAUAUUGAUCUGCCUGUUAUAAACACUGAACUGUUACUAUGAAGGAGCAAGAAUACUCUAUUGGUAUAGAUAUAAUUAUGUCAAUAAAUUGACAGACAUAAAAUAAUCGUCAGUUCUGUUCUUAGGUGAAUACACUUGACAACAGCAUGCCCACAUGUAUUCAAGCUCAUGCAAUUUCCAGGUUACCUGGAAACCUUACAGGUUACCUGUAAGGAGGCACUGUUUUGUUUUGGGGUUUUUUUUUAGGUUGGGUAUUUCAUGUAUUGUAAAAGCUUAAUCAGAAUCUUAUGACUGUAUCAGAGAAUCAAAGUUGAGAAAAAUCAGGCUUUUCAUUCAAAAUUUCUUUAGAAACUUUAUGUUAGGACCUUUUAAUUUCAGAUCUUGGAAGUGCUAUCCUAAAUUCAGCCAUACAUUAAAGGGGUUGUGUAUGUUCUUGGUCAUCCAUCUUCUUAGAUGAUUUGAUAUUUCUAUUUUUAAAAUUUCAAUCCAAUUGCCCAAAAGUUCAUAUGUAAAAAUCUUUGGAUGAACUAUGGUUCAAGUUCUUUGGUUUAACUUCUGAAAUGUCACUACAAAGGGAUCUAAUUAAGUGCUAAUGGGAAAAAAA